AUGACAGAUGCGGACUCUGCCAGCACACGCGCGUGCUGGAGGGACAAGCUGGUUUUCCUUGUGAAUGCUAAUGAGUGGGACUUUUUCAAUCAAUUUCACUUCACCGCAAUCCCGGGCGCGGAUAGUAACAACCUCUCCGGGGGUAAUGCAAUGACCGGAUAUGAGGACGCUGGCUAUAAGAAUGGCUACAAGUCGCCGGGCAUGUAUGAGAUUGAGAAGGACAGCAAUGCCGAUAAAUAUGGCAAGCGAGUGCGCUACCCUAGUUUCUUCAACAUCUCUGACAUUCCUGUGUGUGAGGGGCUGGCGAGAACAAAAGGAGAAAUCAUGGCCAAUCACCACGCAACCUCCCCAUUCUGGCCUUGCGAUGCGCCUGAGGGCUUGAACCAUGUGAACAACAGAUGGAUUACCGCCAAUGGCAAGACACCUGUCUGUGACACGUUCACGGUUGAUGACCCAGGAUAUGGUGACACGCUCUCGGCAACCCUCUAUGGACGAUUCGAUGGAGAAAACACCUCUGAAGCUACCGUCAAGGCGAAGUGCAAGAUUACUUUCUCCUGGCCGAAAUGGUGGGGCGAUAUGUGUUAUGGAGCGGACGGCAUGUACGAUGGCGAAUCCAAACCGUUCCCGGAUGCAGAUGGCAACCCCAUGUGUUGCAAGCAAGACGAUAACCUCACUGACAUGGUCACUAACCCAUACGUGGUUAGAGGCGCGUGUAAGCCGCACUGA